GAUCCGCCCGGGUACCAGCUCGGACGUGAAGCUGAUCGACUUCGGGCUCGCGACUUUUAGCAAGGAGAGCCAAGCCGUCGACAGCGUCGGGGGUACCCCGGAGUUCAUGGCUCCUGAGGUGUGGGGUGGCGUCUACGGUCAGCAAUGCGACUGCUGGGGAGUGGGCAUGAUGUUGUACUACCUUCUCGUCGGUCAAUUGCCGUAUGCAAGACCUGUGAAUCUGCAAGAAUACCCGAGGAUGUGGAGUCGCUUCCGGCUUUGUUUUCCAUCUUCCCAAGGCUGGGGCUCAAGAAACUUGCGUUCUGCUCGCGACCUGAUCCGCAGCCUCCUGGUGAUGAAACCGCAGGAGCGCUGGACGGCGGGAAGCGCUUUGAAGUCUGAGUUCAUCAAGAAGCACGGCCGUUCCACGCCUAUCGGCGGCAUCACGGGCGCAGCGGUGGGCGAAGUGCUGAGGGGGUAUCAAAACUUCAGCGCUGGCCCCAAGCUGACGGAUGGUCUGCGGAGUUUCAGCCGCGUUCCGCGCGUGAUGCGAGUGGUUUUGCUACUUUCUGCCAGCAAAAUGGAGGUCGUCGAACUCGCUAAGGUUCGGCAGAUCUUCGACAGUAUCGACCGAGACCACGACGGUUUUAUCUCCUCCACUGACAUGGAGGACUUCCUCAACGGGUGGAUGUGCCGCAUGGGGCGCUUGGCGCACUCUUU